UGACGACACGGGCAGUGCGCGCGGCACAGCUCCAAUGAAAACAAAGCAGCAAUAUUUGUAUUCUGUGUUUCAGAUGAAGUCACGUUUCAUACCUUUGAAUGAAUUCCUCCCUUUUAGUCCUUGAAGAUGUCUGAUGCUUGCUCUGAACCUGCAGGAGCCAUAAAGGCCAUCGACAAGCACUCGGUGCAUCAGAUCUGCUCGGGACAGGUGGUGCUGACUUUGGCCACUGCUGUGAAAGAGCUGGUGGAGAACAGCAUCGACGCAGGUGCUACUAGUGUUGACGUCCGGCUGAAGGAGUACGGAGCUGAACUCGUGGAAGUGUCGGACAACGGCAAAGGGGUCGAGGAGGCCAACUUUGAAGGACUGACGUUGAAGCAUCACACGUCGAAGCUGAGGGACUUCUCUGAUCUCAUCCGCGUGGAAACGUUUGGCUUCAGAGGGGAAGCCCUCAGCUCCUUGUGCGCUCUGAGCGUCCUCGGUGUGGUGACGUGCCACGAGUCCAGCCAGGUGGGCACCAAGCUGGCGUUUGACCACAAAGGCCACCUGGUGCAGCAGUGCCCCCACCCCCGACAGCAAGGCACCACAGUCAGCCUGCAGCAGCUCUUCUGCACGCUGCCCGUUCGACACAAGGAGUUCCAGCGCAAUAUUAAGAAGGAGUAUGCCAAAAUGAUCCAUGUCCUGCAGGCCUACUGUAUCAUCUCUACUGGAGUGCGCAUCACCUGCUCCAACCAAACCAUGCAGGGAAAGCGCAGCACAGUCCUCAGCACCACCGGCAGCCCGAGUAUGAGGGACAACAUCGGGGCCAUAUUUGGACCAAAACAGAUACAGAGUCUUAUGCCUUUUCAGCAAGUGUCUCCUGCAGAGAAUGUUAUUGAAGAAUACGGACUCAAAGAUGCAGAUCUACCCAAGCAGCCUUUUAGCAUGGCGGGGUUCGUGUCCCGAGGAGACCACGGUGUUGGGAGAAGUGCCACCGACAGGCAGUUCUUUUUCAUUAACAGCCGGCCUUGUGAUCCUCUGAAGGUGACUAAACUUGUGAAUGAAGUGUAUCACACGUACAACCGACACCAAUAUCCAUUUGUCGCCUUGAACAUAAUUGUUGCCUCUGAGUGUGUGGACGUGAACGUGACACCCGACAAACGGCAGAUCUUCCUUCAGGAGGAGAAACUCCUGCUGGCUACUGUGAAGACCUCCUUGAUCGCCAUGUACGAGGCUGGCGUCAAUAAGAUCAGCCUGAACUUUACACCCAUUCCCAGAACCAAUGACCACUGUCCUGCUGUCCCGUCCAAACCCGGCGAGCACGCGGCAGCAGCACCUCGCAGCUCAAAGUCGUCCCUGAACCUGGCCGCCCUGAAAGCCGCUUUCUCAAGUCCUCACGCCUCCAGUUGUGGGAACGCGGCUAACGCUGCGGCCGGCGGCCCUGCACAGAAGACACUACGGUCCUUUUUCAAGCACAGCGGCAAAGCUCCUCUCCGCCUCCCAGCUGUCGCAUCUCCUUCAAGACCUGCGACAGCCCCCCCCGGGAGCCCCCCGGCGGGGGGGGGCGAGCCGGACGGGUUCCGGUACGGAAGGAUGUCGUGCAGCGGUGACGGGUCAGAAAAAGACGGCGCCUCGUCAGAUUGCGACGUUGCUGCGGCGACGCCGCCUGACGCUCGGCGCUCCGGCCCGGAGGCCCGCUGCCCCGGGCCGACCGACGCCGUGAAAAGAGAAACGUCGGCGAGCCCCGAGCCCCCGCGGGUCCCGACCCAGCAGGGCGCUUCCAACGAGGGCCGCGCGGCGAGCCCGGACGCCAAGAGGACCCGGACAGACGAGCGGCGCCCCCCGGCCGGACACGAGGCCGACACUAACCCGGCGGUGGACGCUCCGGUGUUCCUGCAGAAAAGGUCGGUGCCCCUCCAGUUCUCCUUGCAGGAGCUGGCGGGGAGGGUGAAGCGGCUGCAGGAGCUGCAGAGACAGCGGGCCGGCGAUGACCUGCGCUAUCGGCGCUUCAGGGCCAAGAUCGACCCCGGAGAGAACCAGAGUGCAGAGGCGGAGCUUAGUAAAGAGAUCAGUAAAGACAUGUUCAAAGAGAUGGAGAUCAUCGGCCAGUUCAACCUGGGCUUCAUCAUCGCCAAACUCAACGCCGACAUCUUCAUGAUCGACCAGCACGCCACGGAUGAGAAGUACAACUUUGAGAUGCUGCAGCAGCACACGGUGCUGCAGGGACAGAGACUCAUCCUUCCUCAGAAGCUCCACCUUCCCGCCGUCAGUGAAAACGUACUCCUAGAGAACAUGGAGAUCUUCCAAAAAAACGGCUUUGAAUUCCUUGUGGAUGAGGACGCUCAGGUGAUGGAGAGAGUUAAGCUGGUGUCUCUGCCCACCAGUAAAAACUGGACUUUUGGCCCGGCCGACAUCGAAGAGCUGAUCUUCAUGUUGAGUGACAGCCCGGGGGUCAUGUGUCGACCGUCCCGCGUCAGGCAGAUGUUUGCCUCCCGAGCUUGUCGAAAAUCGGUGAUGAUUGGCACUGCCCUGAAUGUAGCUGAGAUGAAGAAGCUCCUGGUCCACAUGGGGGAGAUCGACCAUCCGUGGAACUGUCCUCACGGGAGGCCCACCAUGAGACACCUCGCCAACCUGGACAUCAUCUCACAAGAAUAACCAUGCCGCGAGAAAUACUGUGUUGUUGUUAUUGCUCCAAUUUAACUUGUAUUUGCAUUCUAAAUAAAUAAAUAUUUUUACAUUUUAACACCCACUGAAUGGUGUAAAUAAACCGU